AUGAACAAGUCGAUUGGGGCACAAAUCUCUCGCAGUUGGAACAACAAGGCCUGGGGAAAUUUCUCCCAAAGUAGGUAUGUCUCAACCAACUUUGAAUACAGCCCCUCAAGUACAGUCUCCAAAUUUAAGGCCAUCCCUAUUGUCGAACGAGAUUCAACAAAAUGGCAGAAAUCACCCCAGCGUGUGAUGAAGGCACAACAGACAUUCCCUGAUAACAACGAUGCAUUUUUCGAACUAAUUAAAAAAAGUUCAAAAAAUAAAAAAGAAAAGAAUGACCUCUCUCUUUGGAAUAAGUAUUGUAGAGAAAUGGAUUAUAAAAAUGACCGCCUUAUCAGUGAGGUGCUAAAUCGGUGUAUUCUGCGGCUUGGCGAAUUUGACCUCGUGCACAUGUGUGCUCUGCUGAACGCGUUGGGGCGGAUGCACUUCCGGAGCGCCUACUUUUUGGACGAGGUGCGAAAGAAGUUGAUGCGUGAGGGGGACGCCUACUUUGAGCGGCACUCGCCGCAUUACGUGUGUCUCUUGGUGAACAGCCUGGCCAAGCUGGGCGGCGCGCCGGAAGGGACUAACAGGGAGAGCAGCCCUGAGCGUGGCCAUGAGUGUAGUCGUGAGAGUAGCCCUGAGAUUACCCCUGAGAGUAGCCCUGAGAUUACCCCUGAGAGUAGCCCUGAGAGUACCCCUGAGCGUGGCGGGGUCCAGCCGGGUAACGAAGAGGGGAGUAGUGAUACAACCAUCGCGGGCGAAGAGCGCAGCGGUGAUGACGGCGCGCCUGAGAGGCAGCUUCUGCCCCGCAUGGUCCAAAGAAUCCAACACAGGCGCGUAGCGGAGUACAGCCUGGUAGGAAUGAGCCUUCUCCUGUACAACGUUUCCAAGUUAGGCCUCCACAAGUAUUACCACCUAUUCGGUCAGUUUGAAAAACACAUAGUGAAGGUAAAAAACGACCUGAACAUGAUCCAGCUGGUUAAUAUAUUAACAGCAUAUGAUAAGGCGUCCCUCUUGAGUUUGUCUUUUCUGGACGAACUUUUACACAGCCGAGUUCUGCAAGGUGGAGAAAAAAAUCGAAAAUGUUGUGUUCACCAUUUGGCUAGACUACUAAACGUUUCCCUUUCGUUCGUUCUCUAUACAAAGGAGAGGAGGAGGAGUAUACCAGCAGGGGGAAGCGAUGCGUUACGCCGGAUAGGGAAACAGAGUGUUCAUAUGUUUAGCGAGAUGUACAAACAGCUAGACAAGUGUAGGGGGAAGGACCUGCCCUUGGUAUGUCAAACGUUAAGUAGAAACAGAAGACUCAUCAUUGGAAGAAGGGGACAAAGUGGCUCCGGGGGGGAUUCCCCCUAUUUGAGCUUCUCCCCCCCAAGGUGUAUACUCAACCCCCUUUUUGAAAAAAUAACAGCAGGGGUGAAAACAUACAUUAACACGUACAACCAUGUGGAGCUCUCCACUAUCCUAUACUGCCACGCAAGUUACAGCAUCCGAGACAUGACCCUUUUUCAUCUCAUCAAACUCAGAUCCUUAAAAAUAUUUUCAUCCUUUGGACAUAAAUCUUUUUCCUUUCUCUUUAAUGCAUUUAAACGUAUGAACAUAGAAGAUGUCAUUUUUGAAAAUUCUUGUCUGAAUAAAAUGGCACAGUUAGGUCAUUUUAGCUGCGCGCAAACUUUUUGGCUGACCCUCUCGGCCUACGCCUCCGUGAGGGAGGACAGACAGAGGGAGGACCUUUCCCGUUUGAUGUUUUCAAAUUUUAGGAAAGUGAUUUUCAGCGCUGCUUCUGCGGGUGAUGCUUCUGCUGGUGAUGCUUCUCCUAGUGGUGCUUCUCCUUGUGACGCUUCUCCUAGUGGUGCUCCCCCCAACGUGGGCCACCAGAUCAGCCAGCUGACGAGCCUCCUCACCAAGGUGCGGAAAAUCCCCCCCGCCAAGGUGCUGCACCUCCUGACAAGUCGCUACCCAAAUUACGAACACACCCUGUCAACGGCUAGCUGCACAACUCUCCUCAUUUCAGUGUCCAACCUGUGUGCAACCCUAACCGACAAGGAAACGAAGCCAUCCUGGAAGAACUACUACCACUUUGUAAAUUCCCUAACGAAAAAAAUUCUGUCAGCUAGCCAUUUGUACAAAAGUAAAGAUCUGUUAAUAAACUUCCUACACGGCAGUGGGAAGACUUUCUCUUCUUUCUCUAAAUGUAUAACAGUAGAUGAAAAAAAAAAGUUUUAUUUUGAGGAGAUUCUCAGAAUAGUAUUACCACAUGUGUAUUCUUUUAUUGGAGAAAUGAAUAUGGGAGAAAUUGCUGUCCUGGUGGAGUGCCUUAGGAAGGAGAAUUACUCCUGGGAGGCAGUGGCCGUGGUGGGCUCGGCCAGUGGCAUGCAGUUCGACGAUCUUGGGGGGGCGGUUCUGCGCAGGGUGAAGCGGCUGUUGCGUGCAGGGGAAGGAGUCACAAAGGAGGGGGCGGCAAAGGGGGAGGCAAACGUGGAGCUGACAGACGUGGAGUUGACAGACGUGGAGCUGACAGACGUGGAGUUGACAGACGUGGAGCUGACAAACGUGGAGUUGACAGACGUGGAGCUGACAGACGUGGAGACGGCUAACAUACGAAUCGCCAACGCAAUCACCGUUUGGAGGGGGUUGCUGAGUCUGGGACUUCACGACAAGGAGUUAUUCCAAUUGAUGGUCCAACGGUGCAUCCUGUCCUCGCCAUGCCUAUCGUCCGUCACGUCUUUGUCUCAAGCCAUACACUACGUGUGCGUGUACAGCACGACCAGUGAGCCCAUUCCGAAGAAGCGCCACAUAAGGCUAUUGCAGUUUUUACUUAACAGUGUACACAGGUUGAUGGUUAACGAGGGGGUGGUUCAUUUAAAGUGCAGAGUUGAAGAUGAUGAAGACGAUGGGGGGGAUGAAGACGAUGGGGGGGAUGAAGACGAUGGGGGGGAUGGAGGCGAUGAAGACGAUGGAGUCCUCCUUCUCUCCGAAGUAAACUUAAGAAGAUUUACCAAGGAGCCUCUUUUGGGGAAGGCCCUCACAGGCCCUUCUUUGUUGCAUUUUUAUUUGACCAUUUUGAAAAUAACUGAACAAGUCAGGCAAAAAAAAAAAGUCAAUAUCAGCCAUUUCGAAGAGACGA